AAACCUUUUAUAAAAAGUAGACUACCAUAAAAAAUUGUGAAAAACUCCUUUCUAGCUUCUUGGUGGAGCUCAUAUUUUAACAAAAAACUUGUAUAAAGUUUGUACAUUUAAAACUUGUAACUAGCAUUAUUCUUUUUAUAUACAUUUGUUAAUGAGGCAGCAAGGAAUUAAGUUGCCACCUAUCAAUUAAUUGUCACAUGGGAACCGUGGAAGAGAGUUAACAGGGUAUUAAAAUUUGAAUUGAGUUCUACAAUUGAGUUCUCAAUUGCAAUCCUUCUACAAUUGAGUUCUCUCCUUAUAAAACAUCACCAUACAAGAUCUUAUAUUCACAUCAAAACACCCUCGAACGACAACACAAACAAUAAUAAAUAUCAUCAUGAGCGGCUCAUCGUCCUUGCUAGCUCCCAUUGCUAAGAGAUUAGCAGGCAAGGUUGCCUUGAUAACUGGAGGUGCAAGUGGAAUUGGCGAGAGUACGGCAAGACUAUUCGCUAAACAUGGUGCUAAGGUCAUCAUUGCUGACAUCCAAGACGAGAUUGGUUUCUCAGUUUCCCAAGACAAAAGCAUCAAUGGUGCCAUUUCCUACGUCCACUGCGAUGUCACUAGCGAGUCUGAUGUCGAGAAUGCUGUUAAUACUGCGGUGUCGAAGCAUGGGAAACUCGACAUAAUGUUCAACAAUGCAGGCCGUACUGGCCAAAUAGAUGAAAACAUCUUAGACCUCGAGCAGAACGAUUACAAGAGAGUUUUUGAUGUGAAUGUCUUGGGGUCAUUUCUGGGAGCAAAACACGCGGCCAAAGUAAUGAUUCCAGCGAAAAGGGGCACCAUUCUAUUCACCACAAGCAAUACAACACUGUCGCAUGGAAUGGCCUCUCACACCUACACGGCGUCGAAGCAUGCCGUUGUGGGACUAACGAAGAACUUAUGUGUUGAGUUGGGGCAGUACGGAAUUAGAGUCAAUUGCAUAUCACCACAUGCUUUGCCCACCCCUCUGCUCCUAAAAUCGAUGGGAAUAGACAAGAAAAAGGCGGAAGAGAUGAUAUCCUCCGCUGCAAAUUUGAAAGGAGCAGUUUUGGAAGAAGGAGAUUUGGCAGAGGCUGCGUUGUUCUUAGCGAGCGAGGAGUCCAAGUACGUGAGUGGGCUCAACCUAGUCGUGGAUGGUGGUUAUAGCACCACCAAUAUAGCUUUUCCAGAGACCAUACGAAAGUUCUUCAGUACCUAAGAACGGAAAGCAUUAUUCUCAUCUUUUCUCCAAGCAUAUAUGCAUGUUUUCAGCGUACCUACGGGUCGCAGUUGUAAUGUUUGUAUUCCCCUGAAAUUAUAAUAAAUUAAUGAUUAAAAUUUUUACUACGAAUUAUAUUGCUGAAGUAGUUGAUAGCGUAUGAGUAAUUGAAUCGAGAUUUACCCUCAAUGAAUUGUAAGGCAUGUUUAUGGUCAAA